AUGGUCUCGGCCACGCCCGAGGGACCUGGUGCGAUGCCACUGGGGGUAGCGCGACGGACAUUAGGAAUCAUCCUGCUCCUAGUGGUGGUCGUGCUAUGGACAACCUCGAAUUUCCUUGGAAGUACCAUCUUCGCCGACAAGACCUACCCGAAACCUUUCUUCGUAACUUAUACGAAUACCUCCAUGUUUAUGCUGCCCCUAGUUAUAAUCGUUGCUCGUCGAACAUGGGCUCUUUGGCGCCUCGGAAAACUCUCUCAGGUUACUUCUCUAAGGAGUUUUUUGAAUCAUUUGGAUUCGCAUGAUCCCAAGGCCGAGGAGGAGAGCAUCCUACACAGCGGUUCCGAUGAAGAGGGUAGGCAAUUCUCGCGGGAAAUACAUGAUCCCCCAAGCGGAAAGCUAGGACUCAAGGCAACAGCUAGACUCAGCAUUCAGUUUUGUAUUCUCUGGUUUACUGCAAAUUACUUCGCCAUGGGGUGCCUUCAAUUUACGUCAGUCGGAAGCACAACCAUCCUGACUUCCACCAGUGGUGUAUGGACCAUGGUCUUCGGCGCCCUGCUCCGUGUUGAGCAAUUUACACUGCGCAAAUUCAUGGCUGUUAUGGCUUCUCUGAUUGGCAUUAUCCUAAUUUCGCGCGUAGAUCUCUCCACAGACACAGGCGAGGGUGCAGAUGGCAGUGAGGGCUCAUUCCCACACAAAUCCGCGGGGGAGAUUGCUCUCGGCGAUGCCAUGGCGGCGUUCAGCGCCAUUUUGUACGGUCUUUAUACCGUUGUGAUGAAGAAACAAGUUGGCGACGAAUCACGCGUGAACAUGCCACUAUUCUUCGGACUAGUUGGAUUUUUCAACAUUAUCCUUCUGUGGCCUGGUUUCUUUAUCAUGCACUGGACGGGAAUGGAACCCUUCUCCUUGCCCGAAACUUCGCGAGUGUGGUUAAUCAUUCUGUCUAAUGCGCUUGCAUCAUUUGUCUCUGACAUUGCUUGGGCUUACGCAAUGCUUCUUACCACACCGCUUAUCGUGACGGUCGGGCUCAGUAUGACCAUCCCGCUCUCCCUGAUUGGACAGAUGGUCCUACAGUCACAAUACUCCAGCCCUCUGUACUGGGUUGGAGCAGCUAUCGUGGUCUCAUCUUUCUUGGUUGUGCAACAUGAGAGCAAGCCUCAGGACGAUCUUACCACCACUGCUAGAGCAGGCGGGUCCUUCUCAGGCGAGUAUAACAGCAUUCCUGUUGAAGAGGAGGAAAUGCGUUAG